AUGUCAAGAGAAAAAUUUCUUGAAAUAAUGAAAAACUCAGGACACCAAAAAUUACAAUACCAAAUACAAACCCUGCAAAAAGAAAUUGAAAAACGGACAGGAUAUGGUACCGACUCUCAAAAACUUCAGAUUUCGAGAAUGAUAAGUCGUUUUCAAUCUGAAUACAAAACAAGAUGGGAAAAAGCCCACAGAAUGGAAGAAAGAUUUAUUAAGGAUAAUACAAAUUGGUUGAAGUCAAAAGUUUGUUUACCUUCUGUUACAGAACAACUUGGAGGUAGACCAAAAAUAUCAUUUGAGGAAAGCACAGAAAGGAUGAAACGACAAAAAACUAAAAACUUGAGAAAAUCUACCUCUUUACCACAGUUAGUUUUUGCCACACAAAUGAAACUGAGAGCUUCAGGACAGACAGACACCUCUAAAUUAGUUGGAGAAAUUGUAUCUGAUCCAUCAAGUGCUCAAAAGUAUAUAAAUUCCUAUAAGCAGUCAAUUGAAACCAAAUCUAUGUCAGGAGAUGACGCUGUUGCACUCAUAGUAGAUGCGCAAUUAUCACGACAUCAAUAUAACAUUAUACGAUCAAAAGCUCCAAAAAUAUAUCCAUCUUAUAAAAUCGUACAGGAAGCAAAAAAACAAUGUUAUCCUCAGCCUAAUAAAAUUUAUAUUACAGAAACAUCGGUGCAUGUCGAUUUGCAAACCAUUCUUGACCUUACUAUAGAUCGUUUGAUUAUCACUCUCAAGGAUGUAAUCCACACUCUUAGUUCUAAUGAAUUAAAAAAAUUGUGUUUAAUUUCUAAAUGGGGUUUUGAUGGCAGUAGUGGUCACAGCUCUUAUAAACAAGCUUUUUAUGGUAUUGAAGCUGAUGAUUCAGCGGUUUUUAUCACAUGUAUCGUACCACUUCGCUUGCAAUCAGGUUCAAAAGUUGUUUGGCAAAAUCCUAGACCCGGUUCAACGAGGUAUUGUAGACCUUUAAAAAUUGCAUUUAUGAAGGAAAAUACCAGAGUUUCCAUUGACGAAAAAAAAAGGAUGGAUGAGCAAAUAUUAAAUUUAGAAAAGAGUAGUAUACUUUUAGAUGAAAAUACUCUCGUUAUAAAGCAUAACCUUACAUUUACAAUGAUAGAUGGCACAGUCUGCAACGCAGUUACAGGCUCUACUAGUACCCAAAAAUGCUACAUUUGUAAUGCAACUUGA